AUGUGUAACAUCCAUUUCAACCACUCCCUGGCUGCGUCGAAUGGAAAUGAGUUAAUGACAUAUUCUUUGACCCUGGAACAGAAAACAGCUUUCGCAUUUGUGGGAAUGUUGCUCAUAUUCCUGGGAUUGCUGAUUGUGAGGUGUUUCAGGAUUUUGUUAGAUCCUUACAGCAGCAUGCCAUCUUCUACAUGGGCAGACGGUGUUGAGGGAAUAGAAAAGGGGACAUUCGAAUAUGCCCUAGCCUGA